AUGGUGGUAUGCAGCUUUUUCCAGCAGGGUCGCUGCAAGUUCGGAGAUCGCUGCAAGUUCGAGCACCCUGGCAAACCUACUGCUGGCCCAUCAGGGAAUCGUUUCGGUGCUUUAUCUGGUGGAGGCUUUGGAGGUCAAAACCAGACUCAGCAAGCAGCCGACCCAGUAGUGACAGCAAGCGAUAUCAAGUCAGACUUGACUGCAGGCAAGGGUCGCCCAGAAUGGAUCUUCUCCGCAUAUGCGCCCCACAAAGAUGUUGCGCGCCAGCUGUUCGGUGGUGCCCACCGCGAGCGGAGUAUGGAAGAAAUGCGUUUGCGCCAUUAUGAAUUAGCAGCAGCCGGCAACAUGAACCAAGCGGUCCAAGAAGCUUCGGCUCUGUGGCAAGAGUGCGUGCAACAGAUGGAGAUCUCGCUGAAUGACCUGAAUGGGGCUGUCAAAUAUGUUGUUGAUGGCAAGAAUGAACAUCCUAAUCGAUACGACAUCAUCGCGGGCAAUACUCAACCUAGUAUGAACCAAGCUCCAGCUCCAUUCGGCCAACCCUCUUCAUUUGGCCAACCUUCUCCAUUUGGUCAGCAAAAUGCUGCCCCUGCACCUAACGCCGGUCCUGUGUCUGGAGCGUUCGGCGCUCCUUCCUCGACUUUUGGCCAGUCUUCGGGACUUGGUCAGUCAGUUGGAUUCGGUAGGCCUUCAGUGCCUGCACAGCCAUCUGGCAUGGGACAGUCUACGGCUUUCGGGCAGACUUCUGCUUUGGGUGGUUCCGCCUUCGGCCAAACCUCCACCAUGGGAGGGUCUGCCUUCAACAAAACACCUUUCGGCCAGCCAGGAGUUAAUCCGAGCCCAUUCAGUAAGCCGAUAGCUCCUGGAGGUGCCGCCCCAUUCGGUGCUCCAUCUGCUGCGUCUCCCUUCACCCAAGUCUCACAAAACCAGCCUGCCGCUGGUGGGUUUGGCCAACCUGCCCCGUCACCUUUCGGUCAGAGUGCUGCACAACCUGCUCCGUCACCGUUUGGUCAACCGGCUGUGAAACCGAGCCCAUUCGGUCAGCCCUCCGCUCCAGUAAGCGCCACUCCAUUCGGUCAGCCCUCAGCCCCGGCGCCUGCCGCCCCAUUCGGUGCUCCAUCUGCUGCUUCUCCCUUCGCCCAAGUAUCUCAGAACCAGCCUGCUGCUAGUGGGUUUGGCCAGAAUGCCACACAACCGGCCCCGACUCCCUUCGGCCAGCCUGCAGUUCAAGGCGUACCAGUGCAGAGUACCAACGCCGGCCCACGUGCAUACCUAAAAAUCGAUAACCCUAACGACCUCAACCCGCUUCCACAACUUGACGGUGAAACUCGACAUAAUCCAACCACUAAACAACUAGUGAUGUGGAAGGGUCGCCCCGUCAAGUACAUCAACGACCACCCGUGCUACCUCCACCCACAAGACAACCAAACUUUUGUCCGAGUGAACUUCCCCAACGGGCCCCCUGAUCCACUUAGUUUGAAAGAUGCCCACGGCAAGCCUGAGGAAUACACGCCAGAGAUUGUUGAGGCAUAUCAUUUCUUUCUUCAGAAUGGCUACUUCAAGGACGGCAACAUUCCGGCAGUACCUCCCAAGCAGGAGUGGCUCAGUUUUGAUUUUUAA